ACAAACAAAAAUGUAAACAAUAAAUUUUGCGAAUUGCUUUAUAUUUACAACAGUUUUGACAGUUCCUUGUUGCUGUUCGUUUGCGUUGGUUGCGUGGUUGUUUUGUCAAUCGGACUAGUUAUUUGUAAUAAUAUGAUAGUGAAACAGUAAAGAAAAAAAAUAAAAUUCAGUUAUUUUAAUAAUUAAUAAAAAAAUAUAAAUAAAAUGCGAUAUUCAAUGGGAGAAUUUUAUAGAUUCCUACAUUGGGGACCACUAACUGCAAUAGGCAUUAUAAAAACUAUUACAUUGACAACGCUCUAUAUGAAUUCUAUGUGGUGGCCUCCAAAUAGCACAAUUACUGCUUUUCUGAAUCAAGCGAUAUUCUUGCUUUUCUCAACAUUAGCCACAUGUAAUUUUGCAUUAGCUACCCUAACAGGUCCCGGAAUACUACCAAGAAAAUGGCAACCAAAGAACUCUGUAGGUACAGAUCUUUUGCAGUUCUGUAAAGAGUGUGAUGGCUAUAAGGCGCCGCGUUCUCAUCAUUGUCGAAAAUGUAAUCGUUGCGUUAAGAAAAUGGAUCAUCAUUGCCCCUGGAUAAACCAUUGUGUGGGUUGGGCUAACCAUGCUUAUUUUUCAUUUUUUCUUUUCUUUUCCAUCAUUGGAAGUAUUCAUGGUGCCAUAAUUCUAAUGUGUUCCUUCUAUCGUGGUAUACAUCGCUAUUGGUAUUUAACCCAUGGUUUGUACGAUUUGGCUAAUGUACAAUUCACUAUGUUUACAUUUGUAUUGUGUAUUAUUGCUAUGGGCUUGGCAAUUGGUGUAUCCAUUGCUCUAACGAUGCUAUUAUACUUCCAGCUUAAAUCCAUAUUAACAAAUCAAACGGGCAUUGAACUUUGGAUUAUGGAAAAAGCUCUAUAUAGACGUAAAUUUAAUCCUGAGAUACCAGAGUUCAAGUAUCCUUAUGACUUGGGUGUACGGCGUAAUAUACAACAAGUGUUUCAGAAAUCGUGCCUAAUGAAAGGAGAUGGCGUUGAAUGGCCUGUUAUCGAUGGCUGCAAUCAGUACACGUUAACGCGUGAACAGUUAGCACAGAAAUUCGAAAAACGUGCACGUACUAAAACAUUCAAAUGCAUACGUCCAGCAACAGGUCGUAUUUUACCACUAUUUUCUCAAGGCUGUCGUGUUUGUAUGUCACCGCCGUGUACGGAUGAACCUCGUAUUCGUCUAUUACCAGGUGACGUUAUAAAAGUUACACGUUUUCGUAAGCAUUGGCUAUUUGGAGAGCGCGUUUUGGAUGACGUAAAACUAAAUGCAAAAAAAAUGAAGCGUAAAGGACCCAUACGUGGUUGGUUUCCAAGACGAUGUGCCAUUGAACUGAUUACACCAGAUCAUAUGUCGGAUUCUGACAGUGUUGAAGAUUUGGAUAAUUUAAAAAUAUCAAAAAAACUAGUAAACGAUUUAAAUGCUAAAAAUCAUAAUGCAAAUAAUGGCAAAAUAAAGGAACAACAAAAAAAUGGAAAAAAACGCAAUUGAUUAUAGUUGUCUUAUGUAUUGCUUAUAUAUAUGAUGGUAUAUAUUUACACCUUUUAAUAUAAUUUUU